AGGGGGCGGAGCGCCGGCCUGGGCCUCGUCUCCUCAGGAGCCCGCCCCGGACCCUCACCCACUCACUCCUCGGGCAGGGAAGAGGGCCGGGGAAGGAGGAGAGAGCGGGAGAGAGGAGGAGGAGAAGCCCCCGUGCCUCUUCCCCUUCGGACUCCCUGGCCCCCCUCAUGCCCUCGCUUCAGCCGGAGAAAGAGGAACCGCUCUAAAGGCGGCCGAGAGGAGCCGGGAACGCGAAAGGAGGAAAGGACCCUCAGCUGCCUAGCAAGGGCCCCACAGGAGGAGUGCCUUCCCGCUUGGUUCAUCGCCUCUGCUCAUUUGUACCUCUUGUGUUUUUAUAGUCCUGCCCUCAUGACCUCAAGCGAGGAGUCUCUGUAACGUGUAUUGUUUGUUCUCCAUCGUUGGCCCAGAAGCACUGAAAAAACAACAACGCACUGGCUUUCUUCGCUUCUUUGUUGUUGUGUUUUUAAAAGAGUAUGUUUCUUUAAAAGACCUGUGGAUCAGGAUGAAAUAGGAAUCGAGCUGAAGUCUGCGCUCAUCGGCUCCAUUUGCGAACUGGACUAUUUGCUGCUCCUGUUGAAGUAUUUUUUUUUUUACCCCUCAGCAGGAUUAUUUAUUGCCUUAUGUGAAGCUUUGUGGAUGUUGUAUAGCCUGGUUGGGUGGCUGCUCCACCCUUGGAAAUAUACUUAGAAAUCGUUAUGCAAAGUUCCUAAAGAGAGCUGAUAUUGCUGGAAAAAAUACCUUGGCCUCCUAAAACCAUUUCUUUUCCUCAAGCAAGAUGAUGUGCGAGGUGAUGCCUACUAUCAGUGAGGCAGAGAUUCCUUCAGGAGGAAGUGGAAGCCAUGGUUCUGGUUCGCCUUUACAAUCAGAUGCUGAUUCCCAUUUUGAGCAACUAAUGGUGUCAAUGUUGGAGGAACGAGACCGCCUCCUGGACACACUGCGAGAGACUCAAGAGACACUAGCAUUAACACAGGGGAAACUACAUGAAGUUGGCCAUGAAAGGGAUUCUCUACAGCGACAGCUGAACACCGCACUUCCCCAGGAGUUUGCAGCACUUACUAAAGAGCUUAAUGUAUGCAGAGAACAACUCCUUGAGAGAGAAGAAGAAAUUGCAGAACUGAAAGCGGAAAGAAACAAUACAAGGUUGCUGUUAGAGCAUUUGGAAUGCCUUGUUUCCCGACAUGAACGGUCUCUUAGAAUGACUGUAGUAAAGAGACAAGCUCAGUCUCCAGCAGGUGUUUCUAGUGAAGUUGAAGUUCUCAAAGCACUAAAGUCCCUUUUUGAACAUCAUAAAGCCCUUGAUGAAAAGGUAAGGGAAAGAUUACGAGUAGCACUUGAACGAUGUAGUUUGUUGGAAGAAGAACUCGGUACUACACACAAGGAGUUGAUGAUUUUGAAAGAACAGAACAAUCAGAAAAGAACACAGGCUGAUGGGAUGCCUGAUAUUAAUCACGACCAGGAAAACACACCUAGCACUAAUGGAAAGAGAUCUUCUAAUGGAUCACUGAGCCAUGAUGAAGACCUUGCUAAAGUAAUAGAACUUCAAGAUGUCAUAGACAAACAAACAAAAGAGCAAGCCCAAAUGAAAGAACGGAUCACUGCCCUUUCUAACAGAGUAGCAGAACUGGAAGAAGAUCUUGACACUGCUAGAAAAGAUCUAAUAAAAUCUGAAGAAAUGAAUACAAAGUUGCAAAGAGAUGUACGAGAGGCAAUGGCUCAAAAAGAAGAUAUGGAAGAGCGAAUCACAACUCUUGAAAAACGCUACCUCGCUGCACAACGUGAAGCUACGUCUGUACAUGACCUCAACGAUAAACUUGAAAAUGAAAUUGCUAAUAAAGAUUCAUUACAUCGACAGAGUGAAGAUAAGAGUCGGCAGUUACAAGAACGACUGGAAUUAGCAGAGCAAAAAUUGCAGCAGACUCUGAGGAAAGCUGAGACUCUACCGGAAGUGGAGGCUGAACUUGCUCAGAGAGUUGCAGCGCUUACUAAGGCUGAAGAAAGACACGGUAACAUUGAAGAACGACUGAGGCAGAUGGAAGCACAGCUGGAAGAGAAAAACCAGGAACUGCUGAGGGCUCGACAAAGAGAGAAAAUGAAUGAAGAGCAUAAUAAACGUUUGUCUGAUACUGUCGAUAAACUUUUGUCAGAAUCCAAUGAGAGACUUCAGCUUCACCUUAAAGAAAGAAUGGCAGCCUUAGAAGAAAAAAAUGCUCUUCUUCGUGAAGUUGAAAACACCAAGAAACAUAUCGAUGAACUUCAAAAUGAAAAGGAUCAGCUCGUACUAAGCAUUGAAUCAAUGAGGGCUGAAAAUGAUCAAAUGAGGAUGAGAGGUCCUUCUCUUCAUCAUAGUCGGCCACAUUUGGGUAGUGUUCCAGAUUUUAGAUUUCCACUCGCAUCUUCACCUAUAGCUGACAAUCAGACAGAUUCUUACAGCACUUCCGUUUUAAGGCGUCCACAAAAAGGGCGCUUAGCAGCUCUAAGAGAUGAACCUUCAAAGGUUCAAACUCUCAAUGAGCAAGAUUGGGAGCGUGCACAACAAGCAAGUGUUUUGGCAAAUGUUGCACAUGCAUUCGAGAGCGAUGCAGAUAUUUCUGAUGGUGAAGACGACAGAGAAACCAUAUUCAGCUCAGUUGACCUCUUGUCACCUAGUGGUCAGGCUGAUGCUCAAACCUUAGCUAUGAUGCUUCAGGAACAGCUCGAUGCAAUCAACAAAGAAAUUAGACUGAUACAAGAAGAAAAAGAAAAUACAGAACAGCGAGCAGAAGAAAUUGAAAGCCGUGUUGGUAGUGGAAGUUUAGAUAACCUUGGUCGAUUUCGGUCAAUGAGCUCUAUUCCCGCUCCUUUUCCUGGUGGCUCCCUUUCUGGCACUUCUCCACCUGGCAGUGGCCGUUCUACACCACGCCGACUGCCACAUAGUCCGGCUCGAGAAGUGGACAGACUAGGUAUCAUGACACUACCUAGUGACUUAAGGAAACACCAUAGAAAGUCUGCGGUUUCUAGAGAAGAACUUAGAGAUGACAAGACCACAAUAAAAUGCGAGACAUCACCACCCUCUUCACCUAGAUCUCUGCAUCUGGAUAGAGCUUAUAAAGGAGCCUUGCAUACAGUGAGCCAUGAAGACAUUAGAGAUCUCAGAAAUUCCACAGGUUCUCAAGAUGGACAAGUAAGCAAUCCCAGCAGCAGUAAUAGUAGCCAAGAUUCCCUUCACAAAGCCCCUAAAAAGAAGGGAAUCAAAUCCUCAAUUGGGCGCCUGUUUGGUAAGAAAGAAAAAGGCCGACCUGGGCAGAUCAACAAGGAGAGCUUAGGACAAGUUACUGUCAUGGAUGCAGAUAGUUCAACUCAGGAUGGCCUAGGACUUGGAAAACUGGGAGGACAAGCAGAAAAGAAUAGAAAACUACAAAAAAAGCAUGAGUUGCUUGAAGAAGCCCGGAGGCAAGGUCUACCCUUCGCUCACUGGGAUGGGCCCACUGUGGUUGUCUGGCUAGAGUUAUGGGUUGGGAUGCCAGCCUGGUAUGUAGCUGCUUGCCGUGCAAAUGUGAAAAGUGGUGCUAUAAUGUCAGCCUUGUCAGAUACAGAAAUACAACGGGAAAUAGGAAUCAGCAAUCCCCUACAUAGGUUAAAGCUGAGGCUUGCUAUUCAAGAAAUAAUGUCACUAACAAGUCCAUCUGCUCCUCCAACAUCCAGAACGACCACAGGAAAUGUCUGGGUAACACAUGAAGAAAUGGAAAAUCUUGCAUCUACACCACAAACGGAAGAUGAGGAAGGAAGCUGGGCUCAGACUUUAGCCUAUGGUGAUAUGAACCAUGAGUGGAUUGGCAAUGAAUGGCUUCCCAGUUUGGGGCUCCCUCAGUAUCGCAGCUAUUUCAUGGAGUGUCUUGUUGAUGCUAGAAUGCUGGAUCACUUAACUAAGAAAGAUCUUCGUGGUCAACUUAAAAUGGUGGAUAGUUUUCACAGGAAUAGCUUUCAGUGUGGCAUUAUGUGUCUACGAAGACUAAACUAUGACCGAAAAGAACUUGAAAGAAGAAGAGAAGAAAGUAUGAAUGAAAUAAAAGAUGCCCUUGUCUGGAGUAAUGAGAGAAUGAUUAACUGGGUGGUGUCCAUUGGUCUGAAAGAAUAUGCAAAUAAUCUUAUAGAAAGUGGUGUUCAUGGUGCACUCUUGGCCUUAGAUGAAACUUUUGAUCACACCGCUCUAGCUCUUUCCUUACAAAUACCUACUCAGAAUACACAGGCUCGUGCUGUGUUGGAGAGGGAAUUCAACAACCUUCUUGUGAUGGGCACAGACAGGAGAUUCGAUGAAGAUGAUGAUAAAAGCUUUAGACGAGCACCUUCAUGGAGGAAAAAGUUUAGACCAAAGGACGUAAGAGGGCUAGCUGCUGGAUCAGCAGAGACUCUCCCUGCGAACUUCAGAGUUACCACCUCAAUGUCUUCACCUUCUAUGCAGCCAAAGAAGAUGCAAAUUGAUGGCAAUGUAUCAGCAACACAAAGAUUGGAUUCUGCUACAGUAAGGACUUAUUCAUGUUAAAGCCUUUAAUUGUUUAUCCCCACUAUUUCUACAGAUGAUCUGGAACAUUUUGAACCCAGAUGACCAUAUUUUGGAAAGAACUGAAAUCUUUAAUCUGUUAAUAUUUGUUAAAUCUACACUUUGAAAUAUUUUAUUACAGAGUUUUUUAAUUAGCACAUGAAUUUGUGACUACAAUAGAGGAAAGUAUUUUAGAAUUAAAUGUUUCUUAUAUUUAUGUAAGUGUACGUGAGUCCCAUUAUUCGUUUCUGUUAGAUUUGAAUCUACAUUGAUUUCUUGCUGACUUGUUAAUUUUAGUUUUUUUCUCAUCUGAAUGUACUGUAAUGCUUGUACGUAUCUGCCCCUAUAAGCAGUAUAGGGUUUUUGUAAAUUAUGCAUUUAUUGUAAUUAUCAGUAAUGGUUUUUAAUAAAGUGAAGGUGAAAAGGAUUUUGCUAUCUUUGUAAAGGUAUCAUGACACCAAGCAGUAUAUAUUUUGCCAUUUGGAAAAUGCUAGCUAUGUCUAAAAUGGAAAUAAAUCUGGUGUAUUUUUUCCAUCAUAUCUUUAUUCAUUAACCAGGCAUGGUACCUGAUUCUAUUUCUGUUCAUAACAGUACUUUUCCAUAUAGCCUUUGAAUUUAGUAUGGUUUUAUUUAAGUUUUCUGUUCGGUAUAACUUGCUUCACAUUCUAAACCAUGGGAGUGACUAGGACACUAUGAAAUGUGUGAGACCUGGUAAGGUCAUUUUGUAACUACUUUAUGUGGCUGUAUUUGUACAGUCUGUGUUCAUUGACUGAACAUAAGCCAUAAUUGACGGUAUUUUCUGUUAACCAGGGAUAGCCUCUAAUAGUGCUCAGCAGGCAACAAGGAGCAGUCUCCUAUAUUUUGAUGUGAAAAUGUUUGCAGAAAGAUUUUGAUGCAGUUCUUUUAAGUGGACCAAUCACAAUGCACUGCAAUCUCACAAUGAGAUGUUGGCAGCUCAAGAAGCUGGAGCAUGUUGUAGUGCAACUAUUAAAAAGGCCUUACUUUUCAUAUGUCAUCUUUUGCAUAUUUAUAAACAUAUUUUAAAUUCUGGAUGUUUUUUAGAAAUUGAUAAUUUUAGCCGUUUCAAAAAGUAGAGGUAGAAGUUGCAUCUUUUAAAUAUCCUCUUAAAAGCCAGCAAAUAAUAAGUUCAGAUCAUGGUGCAUUAUUUAUUAUGCAAUAAUAUAUACAGCAUGUCUUUUCUGUUUUUGGUUUUGGCUUUUCUUAAUUGUAUAACUGAAAUUCAUUUUUCUAUUAACCUUGUAUGUGUACUUCUGAUUAUGUAACAAAUUAUGUACAGUCUAAGUACUUUGAACUAUUUUUAUCACAGUAUUAUUUAUUGUUCUUUCUCUCAAUAAAGUACUGAAGCAUUUUCCACUGCCAAUAAAA